ACGGAGUCCCAAAAAGGUGGGGUGCAGUGCGAAUAUAUAAUUAGAUCCUUCAUUAGACCUGUCAUUCAUUCGGCGAACGGGCGUCCCAUCAUCAAAAUGGAUGACGAUCAGCAGAAGUUGGCGAUCAUGCGGAAAGCGUUCCAGAUGUUCGACACCACCAAAUCUGGAUUCAUCGAUACGGUGAAGAUCUCGACCAUCCUGAACACGAUGGGACAACUGUUCGACGAUGCUGAAUUAUCCAAACUGAUCGCGCAGAAUGAUCCGGAUAAGAGCGGAAAAGUGGAUUUUGAUGCGUUCUGCGAUAUCGCUGUGCAUUUCUUGGAAGAAGAUGAUGAUGAAUCCACAACUCAGGAAUUAAAAGAAGCUUUCAGAUUGUACGACAGGGAAGGCAACGGUUACAUCACCACCGCAACGCUGAAGGAAAUCUUGAGGGCGCUCGACGAUAACUUAACGAAUGGAGAUUUGGAUGGAAUCAUACAAGAAAUCGAUACCGAUGGCUCCGGCACCGUGGAUUUUGAUGAAUUCAUGGAAAUGAUGACUGGGGAUUAAAUUAAACCAACAAUUCGGAGCGAUCACUAAAAAAUCAUGUUUCCUAAAUACGCACACACACAUAUUACAUACAUUUAACUUACAAAUAAACUAAUACUUUAACAGAAAGCUCCAAACGACAUUAAUUAAACAAAAUAAAUGUAUUUAAAUUCAUCAAUUUUACUAGCUCGUUACACUUUGAUCUAACUGAAAUAUUUAUACUACGACGGACAUCAAAUCUACGCUAAUUUGAUUAUAUAAGAGCACCUCUCACUCGCAAAGAAGGUGCCACUGCUGAUGCAAUUCCAUGGGAUUCGCCAUCGCCAUGUUCCAUUGGAUCAGGGCCUUACCUCUUGCAAACAUGUACGAGCCAAGCACGCAUUUCCCAAUCAAUUUAUCUGCAAAUCAACAAAA